AUGGAUUCUGUGAUCUCAAACCUAACCAGCAUUCUACCGCAGCUGUCACCCAGUACGGCUGGAGUAGACACCACGCCGGAAGAAGCGAUUGUGAAGGCGUCGGAUCGCUUGAUCCACUCCAACGACGUGGCCACGCGUCGCUCGGCCGUCCAGGAAUUGAAGAACUACUCGCGCCAGUACCGCGACUUGAUCGUCGACAACUCGCUCCGUGGGUUGGUUAAUGACUUGCACAAGGACCGUGAGCAUCCAGAAAUCGUUCGGUAUAUCCUUGAGACGUUGCUCAUCUUGUUCAUCCGUGGGGAAGGCGUGGUAGAUCUCACGCGCGACUGGAUCGUUGGCCAAGGCGCGCAGAACUUGCGCCAGAUGCGAGGUGGGAAGUAUCCCUCGCCAUUGCUCAUUGGUUCGGGGAUUGACCACAUUUCGUACUGGAUCGCCGAUGAGUUAACCACCAGCACCACCUCCUUCGACCUCUUGGUCGACCUUUUGCUGACUUCAGUGUACCCUGCGACCGUUUAUAUCUUGCAGCUUCUCCAGGCACUCGCGGUCACACGUUUAGAGCGCACCCAGGAAUGUAUUCUGGCGAGCCCCGCGGCCGUCGACACGCUCGUGGCACAGCUCCGGAGCACGCUGAACGACCAAAUCCGCAACGAAACGGUACUCUUGUUGCUCAAGAUCACCCAGAACAAUGAGACGUUCAGCAAGUCACUUGUUUUCCAUGCGGACUUUGAUGUCUUCUUUCUGAUCAUCGCGGAGGAGGGCGGAAUCCGUGGCUCGGUCAUCGUCAGUGAUGUGCUCCAGCUCCUCAGCAACGUGCUCAUCUACAAUGCCAUCAACCAGCAGUUAUUUCUCUCCAACACUAUGAUUAUUAACCGCUUAGCGAGUCUCCUUGUGGAGCCCUUGCUCGACUCCGCCUUUGUUUGGACCGACCAACGCCUCACUAACACCCAAAACUCGCUCCUCAUCGUGCGGAUGUUUGUGUUGGACGAGGCCACCAAGACCACGCACCAGAACCAACAGAAGCUCUCCGCUUCCGGUAUCCUCCAGGCCGUGCUCCAGGUAGCGUUCCAUCCUGCCACCCCGAACAAGAUCCGCGCCUUUGCGCUUGCCACCAUUGCAGAGCUCGUCCAGUACAACCCAGACUUACAACGCCAGUUGCAGACGUUUGACAUUCCUUUCACUGAUUUGGCAAACUCCGGCUUAAAGUCGGGCGAGGUGCUCAGUGUGCUCGACUGCUGCUUGCAGUGGAUGUUGCACGCCAACUCCAUCCACGUCUUCAGCAUCCGCAUGGCCUGUUUGCGGCUUUUGAAAGCGUUUGUGCGGGAGAACCCGAAGUUUUGUCAGGGUUACACCCAGUGGUGUUUGACGGCGUACGAAGGAAGUGGCGGACUCGAGGAGGGGAAAGAAGAGCCCGGUGAGGACACUGAAGAGCCCUCGUUCACGGCUAACACUCCCAACAUCCUUCUCAUCUUGACAGAAUUCUCCACCACGGCACACCUCAACCCGUACCAGUACUGGUUCGCCGCGGUGCUUCUCCUGCACUUGUUCCAGGAGUCCCCUGAGUGCCGGGAGGUGGUCCAAUCAACCGUCAUUGGUGCGGACGACGAAGAUUCCGAGGAAUCCUCCUUUAUCCAAACCAUUUCUGGGCUUCUCGUUCCAUUCCUCAAGCUCCAGGAGCCACGUGUGUCCUUGGGGUACUUGCAGUUGCUUUCACUCUGGUUGUACGAAAACUCCGGCGCCGUCAACGACUUCUUGGAGGAGGGCUCAACCGUCCACGCCCUAAUUGCCUACUUGUCUGAUUUAAGCAACGAUAGCGACUCCCAGGUGAAAGGGAUGAUUACCAUUUUGUUGGGGACCGUAUACGAAUUCUCCACCAGUACGUCCCCUAUGACUCGUGCCAGUCUCCACAACCUCUUUACCAAGACCAUUGGGAUCGAUAAUUACGGCUUCAAGGUUAGGCAAUUCAGACAGCUUCUCCAGGAAUUUGAUCCCGAGAGCACGUCCGCCAUCUCGGACAAAACCGGUUUGCCCGACGUCUUCUACGACGAGAUCUUUGUCUCGGCGUUCAACGCCAACUUUCCGCGGCUCGUCAAGGCUAUGACCCGCGACCCUAGCCACGAACCGGUUGAAAAAUUGACAUUUGAGGUGGUGGACGAGUUGCUGCUGAAGAACCGACUGUUGGCCUCCGCCCUCCAAAAGUUGGCCGAGACGUCGAGUACCACAGUGACAGCAUUGAGAGGUGAGUUAGACGAAGUGUCCGCUAACUUUGCAGACGUGACCGAUAUGCUCGAGCAAAGCAGAGAAGAAAUGUCCAAGUUGGAAGACACGCACUCUGAGGUGGUGGAUAAGUACGGGGCAUUGGACUCCGAGGUAAAACAACUCUCCUCGCUCAAACAGAGUUUGGAUGCCAAGGUGACAAAGUACGAGGCUGAACUACAGAGCCUUCGACAGAUGGGCCACAAGGGCGACCGGGAGUUGAGCGAAUACAAGCUGAAAUUGGAGUCAGUCGAGGCGGAACGCGAUAAGCAUGCCGACGGUGUCAACAAGAUGAGCAAGGAGUUGAUGAAGUUACUGAAGGUGCGCGACGAGAAGGAUAAGGAGCUCAAAAAGUUGAAUUUUGACCUCAAGAAGUUGGUUAAGGAGAUUGAGACCUGUCAGCUGAAGAUGGAGUCCCAGAAGAAGACAUACGAAAAGCAGGUCCAAGAGUUGGACGGCUCUGUCGAAUCGUUGAAGCUGAGAAUUGCCGAAACUACGGCGGCCCACCAGCAACUCCAGACCGUAGUUGCAGAAAUGGAGACUGAGAAGAAUAACACGGAGGCCGUUAACCGGCAGGUGAUUGAGAAGUUGCGGACCGCCGCUCAGAGACUCGACACGAUGGAAGCGGAAAAGGUGGCUCUCGGCUCUAAAUUGGAAGAACUUGCCAAGACACACACAGUGGAAAUCAGCCAUCUCAAAGACCAGGUCUCCAAGCUAUCCGCCACCAAUUCGACCCUCAAGCAUGAGUUGGCAGGCGCCGAGACCCAGUGCUCCGAGCUUGCGUCGUCCAAGGCUGAGGUCGAUAAGGACCACGCACGCCUUUCCGCGGAAUUGGUGGAAGCCAGGACGUCAGGUGACACUCAGGCAACCAAAUUGAAAGAAUUUCUCGACUCUGCCGUUGCGGCAAACAAGCUUUUGGAGGAGGAAAAGACUGGCCUUGAAGGCCAGAUUGCGUCUUUGUCAACUGAAGUUGCUAAGCUUACUGAAGACAUGGAGGUGUCGUCCAAGGCAGUCAAAUACGAGCUUGAAGAGCUUAAGAAAGAAAACGAGCGCUUGAAGGCUGAACUUGAUGCUUCUUCAGAGCUCGUGGCUGCGAAGGGGGAAGAGUUGAACCAGAACGAGCAGAGACUUUCUCAAUUGCAAGAGUCAUAUGCGUCGUUGGAGGAGACCCACACAACUGCCAUUUCCACCAUGCAACUGGAAUCCGAGGCCCUGAUCAAGUCUUUGAAUCUGAAGAUGCUAGAGUUGGAGGCUGCCAGUUCGGCGAUGGCGGACCAGCUCACCGAAUUCCAAACCUUGAAUGCAACCCUUGGUACCUCAAUUGACGAUCUCACCAGCAAGCAUGACAGUUUGGCUACCAAGCACGCGGCGCUUGAAUCGGACCAUUCCGAGUUGCAGCAACUCCGGGACCAGCAAACGAGCAAGUUUGAGGGCAUUGUGAAGGCUCACAAGGAAGAGAUAUCCCUGUUGCACGAUUCCCAUGCUGAAAAGGUCAAGGGUAUGCAGUCGUCUAUUGAUGACACCAAGAAAGCAUCUGACAAGGCGGUACUGGCGAAGGCUGCGGAGCUUGCUUCCUCCCAGGAGCAGGUUUCCGCGCUUGAGACUGUCCUCGAGAAAACCAAGACUGGAUUAGAUACCGCUGAGGCCGACAGAUCGGCGCUCGCCAAGUCCCUUGAAGAUCUCAAGGCAUCAACUCAGCUUUCAGAAGAGCAGCUCAACGCAAACAUUGGGGAGCUUGUCUCCAAACAAGCCGCUCUCCAACAGACCAAGGACGAACUAGAGGCAAAGUUGCUUGUAGCUGGCAAAACCCUAGAUGAUGUUACUGAGAAGCACUCUUCUUGCGUCGCCAAGAUUGCCCUAUUGGAAGCUGAAAUAUCCGAAGGUGUAAAGUCAAAGGAGGUACUUGUUGCUUCCAAGGCUGGCGCUGACGAGAGUGUCGCUGUUCUUACGUCGCAGGUGGAGGGGUUGAAGUCCGCAAACACAGAGCUUUCUACAGAGAAGAAUGCUCUCCUUGCCGAUUUGAAGGGAUCCGAAAAGAGCUUGGCCUCUUUGAAGUCAAAACACGAGAGCACUUCGGGUUUGCUCAAUGAGCGGGUGAAAAAGUUGGAGCUAGAGAUCGAGCUGCUCCACGAGCAGUUGGAGAAGAAGUCGAAGGCAAUCGAGAAGGAGAGAAUGAUGCUUACAGAAAACUCAACUUCUGUCAUCCAAGAGUACAGCUUAAAGAUCAGCGAGUUGGAAGAGUCGCUCAAGUCUGUCAAAAAAUCCUCUGGGAAGUCCGACACGAUUUCCGAAGAACUAAAGGCUGAAAUUGAGCUGUUGAAUAAGGAGGUGCACAUCUUAAAGCUGGAUGCUGAGGCUAUGGAGUUGAAACGCACCGACCACGAGACCCAGAUGAAGUUGUUACAGACUGAAAAGACCUCUCAGGAAGAAACUGUUGCAUCAAUGCUUGAGGAGAUCAAGUCUCUAAAGGCACAGGUCGAUACCGAAAAGAAGACAUCGCAUGAGCUCCAGACGGAACUCUCAGAACUAAGGAAGAGUGGGUCUGAUGAAAACGCCACGUUUGCCGAAGAGAUUAAAAAGGUUAAAGAGUUGAACAACGGAUUGUCAGAGAAGGUAAAGGCGUUGGAGCCUUUGGAAGUCCAGCUCAAGGAUGAGGUGGCCAAAUCCGCUGGUUUGGCUCUGGAGGUGACGGCACUUGCCAAAAGCGUCGAUGAGUUAACCGCUGUCAAGGAGGCCACGGAAGCUGCAGCGGCCAAGGUUCUGAGCACCCAUAGCGAAGAGCUGAAGGCCAGUACUGCAUCGAUCGAGAAGCUAACCAAAGAGAAUACCGAUCUUGGUGCGCUUGUAGCGACCAAGGAAACUGCGAUUGAGGCGUUACAGCGAAGGUUAGACCAGCUUGAAUCCGACUUGGCUAAACUGAAGGAAGAUACCGAUGACCUCAUGUUGUUAAUGUCGGACAUGGAUGAAAAGUACAAGGCCAAGAUUAAGCUGCUCGGCGGCGAGGUUUCUGAGAGCGAAGACGAAGACGAGGAUUAG